AGAAGUAUGGAAAGUCUCAGUUCGAAGCCCAUAGAAGAACUGUCAGUUUCGCAACAAAAUCUAUGUUUGAUACCGCCCCCCAAACGUGCCGUGGACCACAAUAUAAUACCCAAUAGCGCACCCGUCAUGGGUAUGGCAGACAUCGACACGAAUCCUUUCUUUUUCGGAAAUUUGAGGGACAAUUAUGUCAACGCAGAUUACUUUGGCGUGAGAUACAAUCCCGAUAAUUUUUUUUCGAAGGAAAGUCUACAAAAAGAAAACGAAGGUAAAAUGGGUCCCACAUCAGGUUCGAAGACAAACCUACUAGAUCUGACUUCAUCAGAACACGUUUCGAGCGAAAACGAAGGGACCAUCAGACUCAAUCCGAACAAAUCCAAAAAAACCGACGAAAAAUUACAACAAACCACCGAGCAAUCCAAAGACGACAUGAAAUCUCCCAAGAUGAGCAUUCGAAAAAAAGUUUCGAUACACUUCAAAGGCAAAAAGGGACAAAACAAAAACCUCCUCUACGGAUCAGAGCCCAUAAUUCCCAAAACCCCACCGGAAAGGAAAAUGUCUAUCUUCGAAAGAUUCAAUGAUAAAGACAAGAACAAGUCGACGAAUCCGAAAACUCCGACUCUGGAAACGAGAAAAUCUGUUGUAGAAUCUAAUGCGGAGCCGAAAACGACUAGUAGUUCAGAGAGCAAGUCCAGUUCCGAAAAAAGAAAUUCCAUAGCGACUGAAAAAAAGGACAAAGGUCUUGAGAAGAAGAUUGGGAAAAGCAGAUCAGUAAGCCCCGAUCGUAAACAUGUUCAAGUUAAAGAUGAAGGUAUUCAAAAGAGGCACCGCAAACACAAAAAACUCGAGAAAGGUAAGCUGCGGCGGUCGAACAUCAUCCUCGCCGAACCGAGAAGUUUCCGGGAAAGAUCGUUCAGCGUCUGCACCGACAGGUCGAACACUCUAGGCUUGGGAAUAGGUUUAGGUUUCGGUUCGAUGUAUUUCGAAGAGUACUCGGACCGGGAAAGAACGAACAGCGUGAGCAGUUGCGAGACGGCGGAAAAUACGAGGAAAAUGUCGACGAUUCCUAAUGCGCCUCUUUCCGGGAAGCUGCCCUGGUGCGGGUGUUGGGGCAACGGGUGCUUGUGACGCCGAUAAAAUCAAGAUACGUUCAUUUUCCACGUGCAUGAGAUAUUGGAAUUAUCCUCAUAUCUACCAGGUCUAUCAUUGUGCAAAACAGGGUAUAAUAUGAUGAAGUGCUUAUGUAACGGACCUUGCGGCGAAAAAAUGAACUAUUCAUAUGAAAAAAAAAGAAUCUUAGCUCGUUAAUAGAAUCGAAAAUCGGAAUUUAGUGAUUACCAAAGAGUUAAAAGGAUAAAUGAAAUUGACAUUACUAUUAACAUAUUCAAUUCGUAUAAUUAUUUGUUCCAAAAAUGUUAUUUUUCACAGGCUUAGAUCAUGUUUUUUUAAUAUAUCGAUUUCAAAAGUUG